AUGUCGAAAUACGUGACAGAAACAAAGAAAUAUAUCCCCAGUGGGGCGACUGUCAAGGCCAGGGCGACCACUCUCAGCGUAUGGGAACUCCCUAAGCAAGAUUCCGCUCUUGCUCCCAAGGAUGUAUGGACCAAUGCGGACAUGGACCCGGUCCCCCCAAAGUACCAAACCUGGACUUUGUGGACUUGGAUGGCAUACUGGGCAACUGACACCAUCAAUCUGGGUACCUGGGAAACCGCUUCUUCUGUGAUUGCCGUGGGUCUAAACUGGCGCGACGCAAUUCCCAUCAUGGUUGUCGGUACGAGCUGCGUGGCUGUGCCUAUGGUCCUCAACGGUGCCAUCGGCGCCAAAUUGCACAUUCCAUUCUCAGUCAUUGUCAGAUCCAGCUUCGGUUACUACUUUGGUUACUUCUGUAUCGUCUCUCGAGCCAUCUUGGCCAUGUUCUGGCUUGGUAUCCAAGGUGCCAACGGCGCACAGUGUAUUACUCUCAUGUUAACCGCCAUCUGGCCAUCGUACGCACACAUCAAGAACCACCUCCCCAGUGAUGCCGGUAUUACGACGCAGGGAAUGAUCAGCUAUUUCCUCUUCUGGAUAAUCCAGCUUCCACUAUUGCUGAUUCCUCCGACGAGGCUUCGCUAUCUUUUCAUAGUCAAGCUGAUCGCUGCACCAAUCACCGCAUUGGCUACUCUCGGUUGGAUUGUUCACAAAGCUGGAGGCGGUGGCGCCAUCUUCUCCUUGCCCGAGACAGUUCACGGCAGCCAGCGCGCCUGGCUCUGGUUGUCAUGCAUGUCCUCGGUCACAGGGUCUUGGGCCACACUGGCUUGUAACAUCCCUGACUUCAGUCGUUAUGCGAAGACCUCACGCGGUCAGUAUAUUCAGCUACCUUUCCUUCCGGCAAUCUUUACAGUUUGUGGUGUGAUGGGUAUUGUCACCACGUCUGCAUCCAAAGUUCUUUACGGAGAGUUUCUUUGGAACCCGUUGGAUAUUAUCGCCCAUUGGUUGGACAACCCUGGCGGUCGUGCCGCUGCAUUCUUCGCCGCGCUCUCGUGGUACGUUGCCCAAGUUGGCACAAACAUCACCGCAAACAGCAUUUCCGCCGCAAAUGAUCUGACAGUUCUAUGUCCCAAAUACAUCAACAUCAAGCGUGGUUGCGUCAUUGCCGCUAUUAUUGGUGGUUGGGUCAUCGUCCCAUGGAAGAUCCUUAGCUCUGCAACGACCUUUUUGGCCUUUAUGGGCGGCUAUGCCGUCUUCCUCGCUCCCAUGGCCGGUAUCAUCGCCUCCGACUAUUGGAUCGUCAAACGACAACACGUGGAUGUGCCUGCCCUGUACGAUCCUCGCGGUCGAUACAGGUACAAUAUAUAUGGCAUCAACUGGAGGGCGAUGCUCGCUUUUCUUCUCGCCAUCGGCCCCUGCAUGCCCGGUCUGGCAUGGAGCAUUAACUCCAAAUCUAGAAUCACGACGGGUGCACAACACCUGUAUUCUUUUGAUUGGCUCUAUGGCUUUGUAGUCAGCAUCUUCGUCUACUCCGUUACCAGCUACAUUUGGAAGCCGACUGAUCAAAUCGUGCCACACACGGUGUACGGCAUCCCCCAAAACCCGGAUGACGAAGAGGCAUACGAAGAAGCGUAUGACGAGAAGGUGCUCAGGCGGGACAGUCUGGUGGGAAACCCCAAAAGUUUCGCCAAUGUAGGUGGGAUUGACAGCAUGGGCAGUGCUCUCCAUUUUAGGAAGUCUGUUGAUGAAACUGCCAGGGAGAGUAUCGAGGUGAGACGAGCAAGUAAGGCGAGUCAAGGUGGUCAAGGGCCGCACCACCCGGGUACGGUUCCGGAACAUCUCAAGGGUGUUGAUCAGGAGGUGCUGAAUGAGAAGGUCUAG